GCUCGGUGAACACGAUGUCCUCAAACUGCCACACAUCCAGGCAGCCUCACGUUUUUCAGCUGCUGCCCUCGCCGGCCAAUCACCGGCCGCGGUACCCAGCGGGUGGGCGGGCGGAGCGGCCCAAAUGCGUGACGUACGCGCUACUCCAGACUAAGCCACGCCCCUGACUUCCAAAUACGGCAGGGCGGCUGUGAAGGAACACGCUGCCCCAGAACAUCGCUUCUAUCGCCGCACGGGAGCUGGAGGUGAAGUCAGCGGGUCCCCGGAGGUGCUCAGUAGCUUUGUGAACGUUUCGACGCCUUUGGAGGACGAUCGAACUGCAGCCAUCGCCGACAGAAGUCCCCGUGCGCCCGCACUUGACCUCGCAGACAGGGGAGGGGCCGCGUGUCUCGUGUAUAGUACCGUGGAACACAGAGUUCCAGCUUCUGGAGAACACACGUUGACGGGACGCAGGCUGCACCUCGUCCCUGGCUACAAGCUAACAUCUCCUCGGUGAUUGAGGACAGCGUCGUUGGAGCAGCGCUCAUUUCCAUCCUUUGAUCUGCUGAUGUGGUUUUUGUGAGAGUUUUUCGAGCCAAGGACAUCGUGGGAACAACAACAACAACAACAGAGGAGAUGAGCACCAAGAGGAAGAUAGAGAGUCACUCGAGGUUAGCGAGCAGACCGCGCAUCAUGAAGUCUGGAGGCCCCCACGCUGAUUCGGAGAGGGACUCUGGAUUCUCAGAUGCAAGCUCAGAGUAUAUGAGCACAAUGGACACCACAGACUCUGAGGAUUCACCCCGCCCCGUUGUGCAGCAGGGACCAAAGACGCCUGGCUCCCGGGUGGCUGUGGUAGGAGGCUCCUACUCCAACCUCUCUCGCAUGAUCAUCAUGAACAAUGUCCUCCUGAAACAGCCUGGAGACAACCCUCCUGCUCUAAAGCCUUGGGGUUUUAGUCCCGCGGUGGAGGUGGUUCAGCCCGUGGUCCAGCAGCCUCAGGUAGUGUUCCUCCAGCCUGUGGUCUCUCGUCAAGCUUCUCCUGCCUCUAAAGAGACAACCUCCAGACACAAACGCCCUAAGAAGUAUCUUCCAAUCCUGAAGUCCUACCCCAAGAUUGCUCCACAUCCCGGAGACAGCUCCUCUUCCUCAGGGAGAGGAUCUGCGUCCUUGUCUUCACCUCCCUCCUCCUCCUCCUCCUCGUCCUACUCUUCUUCUUCUUCUUCUUCUUCUUAUUCCUCUUCCUCCUCUACGGGGUCAAAUAGAGGUAACAGUCUGACCUCCAAGCACCGUGAACACAGUCAAAGAGACAAACAUCCAAAAAGUGUGUGUGGUAGUGUUAAUAGCUCUGGCUCCAUCAUUACCAGUCUUCCUGGUUCCCGCAGCACCAUCUCUUCCUGUCCCCAGAACCGACUUACUUUCCCCACAUCAGAAUCCAGCGCCAGCAGUAGUCCUGCCAGUGAGAGGCCUUCCUCAGCUUUUAGCCAAUCAGAUGUUACCACCUCCCUUUCGAUCACUCAGACCACUGAUUCCAAACACCAGACCCUCUCUUUUCCACGGAUGGAUGCUCAGGAGAACAUUAUCCUGGGAGAAAGUGACCUAAGUGACAAUGAUACUGAUUCAAGGAGGAAGCGCUUCUGCAACACCUACAACAUUCUGAGCAAAUCUGGCCUGCUCGACAUUACUCUUCGUACCAAGGAGCUCCUCAGGCAGAAUCGACGCACCCAGAACGACCUAGACCGGCUGAAAGAACACACAGACCUCUUCUUUCAGGCCCUGUGGAGCGGCGACACAAGCAUUUGUAUAAAGCUGCAGGCCAACCUUCAGGAGGAGGACCGAGCGCAAGAGGGGGAGAGAGCUGCUCAGACCAGCUUAAAGGCAGAUUAAACCUAGGCUAGUGCAAGACAGUGAACUUUUAGACUGGGAUGGGGGAGGGAAGGCCAGGGUUGGGGGGGGCGUCACAGCGUGCAGAGACAGAUGGACCGGAAGUAAUGUGCUCCACAAUAUAUAUAUCCACCCCAGAUUCUCUCACACAGACAGUGUGCUGUGGCCUACAUUGUGAUUGUCGCCUGCCCAAGGGUGGUGCAGAUGAAGACUUUUUGUGGCCUCACAGCUUCUGAUAAAAGUUCCCAUCAAACUCAACAAUAUCUUUGCAAAUGAUACUAUGUCUCUUUUAAAAUGUUUCUUUGCUGAACCUGAUGGUUUCAGUCAAAUGUAUUUGUGCUUGUAGAAAGAGAAAAGAUUCAGGUAAAUCAUUUGCAAACGAUUUGCUUGGUCAGUCUCUAUCAACUCAUUUGCUGAGGCUCUUUCGAUAGCUUAAAACUCAGUGAUGGUCAAUCACUCGCAUAAAACUUUGUUACCAACUGUCGACUAAAUGUGUCAGGGAACAAAGGAAAGAACCACAGCACACUGCUCUGACACGCCGAGCCUGAUUAACAACUCCGACACUGAAACUGCUGCACAGAAAUAUCUUGCUCAUUGGCAAUCAGGACCCAGAACAAUAGGAUUGGAUCUAAGGUAUGAAGGGAAGAACAAGUUAACUUUUUUUAUAUAUCAAAAGCACAACAGAGGCUCAGAAUCUGAAAAUGAGAUUGAUUAAAACACCAUGACAAGUCAAUCUGACAACAAAAUGAAUUAGUUUGAUGUUUCUGAUUAACAGUUCUGCAUCCAUGCUUUUCUUCAUGCUAUGUUACACAUAAUACAAGAUAACUUGGUGCCGCAGUUACUAAUCAUGCACAAUCUCUGAUUACCACAGGCCUAAGGGAUGAAUGUGUUCAGGCAUUCUGCCAGUCAGCACGUCUAACAUGUGCCUAACGUGUCUUUCAGUUCCUGUUGUGUUUUAAAAACUUGAUGUGAAAGAUUUAGCCCGCCCGGUCGACAGUUUCAAAUUCAGCACUCCCAUCAUGUUGAUGGCAGCUGUGAUACAAGGCAAACUGGCUCUGAGUAAAGCUCCUCACAGCCUUUUAAAUGCUUCCCUGAUGACAUCUUGUUAUCUUCCUGUAGCUCAACCAUUGACUUGUGUAAAUAUUCCUGUUUUUGGUUUUUUUAAACAUAUAUAUGUAUAUACGCAUUGGUGUAAUUUAAUGUGACAUGUAUGAAAUAAUUGUGAGACCAGUUGUCGUGCAUAAACUUCAGGCCUUUUAUUCAACAAAAAGUCCAACAGUUACAUUAUCUAAAUCAGGAACAGUUGUGUUUAUUAUUGCAUAUUUGUACGUUUCUAAAUUAUGGCCUUAUCAUCCAAAUCCUGUGUCUGUCACAGACCUUUGCAUUUGCACUAAAAUGAUGGAGGAGAAGCUCUGAAGCUUUUUCUGGGCAGAAUUAAAUGGCAGCUAUGGAAAAUAAUUAUUUGCAAGUGCAUUGUGAGUUAUCAUCAGCACAUUACCAGUAAGUACAUACUGCUCCUAUAGUACUGUCAUACAUUAGAUUAUACGAUGAGAUUUUACUAUUACUAGCAGUUUUUCUCAAUAUUAAACAUUGUUUAUCAAAUAUCUGUUUAUUAAACUAUGAAAUAUUUGUGUCGAUAAUAUGCUUGUUGUGCUUAUGUUGAUUUAAAAUAAGUCACAAGGGAACGUUCUAUUCAACUUCCGCCAUUUUAACCCAUGUCCAUCUGAACAUCAGUACAUUUGUUGUCGUGUGUUCUGUGACUUAAUGUUAUGAGGUGUCACACACACAAUAUCUCAGAAACAACCUCUUUAUAAUUUAAUAAUUGUUUUUUAGUUUGUUCUGUUUUUGUAGGAACUAAACGCACAUGCAAUUAUAGCCUUUUAUUUUGUUAACCGAAUGACACAGCAGCAAUGUUUUAUUCAGUUGUUUUUCUGAUUAAAUCAUCGACCAGACGGAUC